AUGGGCGUGCGCGCCCGCCCGAGCGGCACGUUCUACGCGGAAUCCGCGCCGGCGGCGCUCGCCUCACCCUCGGCACCUUCGCCACCGUGGAGCAGGCGGUGCACCCCUACGACGUGGCGGCAUGGCGCCUCGGGCGCACCCGCCAACAGCUCAAUUUUAAGGACCGCGAGUCUCUUGGUUGGCUUCGACAGCCUCGUCACCGCCGAGCAGCGCCGCUACCGCCAGCAGAUUCAGCGCCGCCUCGCCAUUGCGCACGCGGAUGAACGUGCCAUGGAGGCGUGGGCCGCCGCCUUCCCGCGGGACAUCCUCGACGAGCGCGCCUUCUACGAGCAGAAGAAGGCAGAUCGCAGGGCGGAGAAGGAGGCCAUUCGCGCGGGCAAGCCGUUCAUCGAGGUGCGGGAAGUCGGCCCGACAACCAUCGACGGAAACAAUGAUUGUUAG